AAAAAUAAAGCAUGAGCGAAGCAACAGUCCCAAAAGAAGUUCCAGAGACUGAACCAGAAGUUACUAAAGCUGGCCAGAAGAGAAAAGCAGAUGAAAUGGAGAAGGAUAAAGAAAAUAAGGGAUCCGAAGUUCUCAACUCCAAUGAAAAGAGAGCUAAAGUCUCUGAAGCCUGAGACGCCACUAAGCCAGUCGGGCUUAUUAAGAAGAAUGGUUCAGGAACCACCGCUGCUAAAGAAGAGGAUGAGGAAGAAGAAUCUAUCGAUACUUCUUCGAAGAAGCCUAAGAGUGCUAUUGUUGAUGACAAAAGAAUCAAGAAGCCAGUCGCCUCACUUGAAGAAGAGAAGGUAGAAAAAGGUGCUAUUAAGGAAAUGCUGAAUGAAGAAGAUGCUGAUGAUGAUAAGGAAGAAAAUGAAUUCCAUAUGGAAGAGAAAGAUGUCGAAAAAAUGAAGGAAGGAGAUGAAGAAUCUGACGAAGAUAAGGUCUCACUUGAAGAAGAGAAUAUUGACGAGCUUCAAAAAGAAGACGACCUUGAUGUUGAAGCAUACCUUAAGUUUAGAGAGAACGACGACCAAUAGACACUAGCUUAUUCGAAUAUAUCCUGU